UUGGACACCCCUGUUCUAGGGUAAUGAUCUUCCACCGGAUGUGCAAGAUUGGCUCAAAAGCAGCAGUCCACAGAGUGACGCCCAUGUUGUCCCACAAAAGGAGGCCUUUCUCAUCCAUUACGGCUAAAGUUCACAAAGAGAUGCAUGAAGAAAAGCGAAACCUGGAGCUCGGUGGUCAUGUGGGGUUCGACAGUCUCCCAGAUCAGUUGGUCAGCAAAUCAGUUGCACAGGGAUUCUGCUUCAACAUCCUCUGCGUAGGUGAGACGGGGAUAGGCAAGUCAACAUUAAUGAACACUCUUUUCAACACAACGUUUGAAAACGAGGAAGCCAGCCACUAUCAGAGUGAGGUGCAGCUACGGCCACAAACCUACGAACUGCAGGAGAGCAAUGUCAACCUCAAGCUGACCAUUGUGCACACUGUGGGGUUUGGAGACCAGAUCAACAAAGAUGAAAGCUUCAAACCCAUUCUUGAGUAUAUUGACGCCCAGUUUGAAAGGUAUCUCGAGGAGGAGCUAAAAAUAAAACGUUCCUUGUACAACUGCCAUGACACAAGAAUCCACAUCUGUCUGUAUUUCAUCGCUCCCACUGGACACUCCCUGAAGUCCCUUGAUCUCGUCACAAUGAAGAAACUGGACAGCAAGGUGAACAUCAUCCCUGUCAUUGCAAAGGCGGACACUGUAUCCAAGAGCGAACUGGACAAAUUAAAGAUCAAGAUAAUGAGCGAGCUGGUCAGUAAUGGAGUGCAGAUUUAUCAGUUCCCUACAGAGGAUGAAGCUGUUGCAGAGAUCAACACGUCCAUGAAUACUCAUCUUCCCUUUGCUGUGGUUGGAAGUGUAGAAGACGUUAAAGUGGGAAACAAGAUGGUGAAAGCAAGGCUGUACCCCUGGGGUUCAGUACAGGUGGAGAAUGAAAACCAUUGCGACUUUGUGAAGCUGAGGGAGAUGCUGCUGCGUGUGAACAUGGAGGAUCUCCGGGAGCAAACUCACGCUCGACACUAUGAGCUCUACCGCCGUUGCAAGCUAGAGGAGAUGGGGUUUAAGGACACAGACCCUGACAGCCAGUCGUUCAGCCUUCAGGAGACGUACGAAGCCAAGAGGAAGGAGUUCCUUGUGGAUCUGCAGCGCAAAGAAGAAGAAAUGAGACAGAUGUUUGUCAACAAAGUGAAGGAGACAGAGGCAGAGCUGAAAGAAAAGGAAAAAGAGCUUCAUGAGAGGUUUGAGCAGCUCAAGCGGAUGCACCAAGAAGAAAAGAAGAAUCUGGAGGAGAAAAGACGAGAACUGGAGGAGGAGAUGAAUGCCUUCAAUAGAAGAAAGGUUGCAGCUGAGACACUGAUGGGACAGGCACUCCAAGGCUGCUCACAACCAUUCAAGAAGGACAAGGACAAGAAGAAUUGAUUUUUGGAUCAAACAUCCAGUGAAACCAGGACUGUGUCUGCCAUCAGCAUGGGAAACUGAGACUGUCAUAUCUGACAUGACUUACUGACACUGUAUGUGUGGACUCAGUGUCACAGUGACUAUGCACGUAUGUCAGACUGAACAAUGUGAUGGCUGUAAGCCGCUGUGUACUUACGGAUCAAAAAGGUAGCUUUGCUCAGUGUAUUUAAUUUGUCCCUAAUGCUGACUCUGCUAGACGCACAAUCCAUGGACUGUUUUCAUAACAUGUAGCUUGUGUUGUUUUAUGUUCUUGCCAUGAAUGUGUGUUCACGUCCUGGUGUCCCGUUGAAGAACGGGAGACUUUUAGUUACUGACUGAAUCGAGCUGAUGGCUGUGAGCUGUGUUAUGUAUUAACAUGGAAGAAGCAUUUGUGUGCUUUCAAACAUGCAGUUUUUCACAAGUUGAAUGGUCUCCAGUAGGUUAUUAUAAGACAGAAUUUCUAAUAAUGUACAUGAAAAUAUUGAUAAUUGUUAUUGGUAGUUUGAGGUACGAAACGAUCUAACACCAUUCUGUGCAAAGUUAUAAAGAAAGUAAUUGAAUUAAUUUACAGUGAGUCUGGAAAUGGAGCAAAUAUGUUGCCAUAAUUUGUAUUUAAAUAAAUAAUGUCGGUGGAAAACCAAACAGAGCAUCAAUUCAUCUGUUGGUCAGCUGAACCCAUUCCCAUUAAACUCCCUCAGUUCUCUGGGACUUCCCAUCUCAUCAGUCAUUUGCGUGAUUCAAAGCAUUUCAUACUGCACUUGUUGUCAUCAUGAUGUAUCAAAAAUGUUUGUCUGAUUUAACAGUGUUUCUAUAAAAGCAUUAUCCAUUUAACUCAAGUUUCAGCUUUGAUUUUGCAUCCCUCAGUGGCAGCACACAGGACAAAUAACAAAACUUAUCAUUUGCACGAAACUUUCAUAUCUUGUUAAGAUUUGUCUAAUAACCUUGCUGAAUAUGUAGAUUUGCUUGUUCAAAUAAAUGACCUGGCUUUUCUUUCCUUUUCAUAGCUUCUUUAGUCUCCCAUCUGCGUACUCCCUAACCUCAGGAAGGAAUUUGAAUUAGAAGACUUUCUACCACAUCAAAAGAUCACAGACUAACUAUCAAUUGUAUUAUUUUUACAAUGUGAAAUAACAGUUUUAUAGAAAUGCACUUAACAUCUCUGGAAGUGAUUUAGCCUAAAGUCUUCCAUGUCUACUAAACUCUCCUUUAAGCUUUUAAGCUGUAGCAUGGUCUCUGCAUGGCUCCUAACCUUCAUUCCCAAGAGUGUUAAAAGAUCGUCAUUGCCAAAAUCUCAGUUUUUGUACUAGAUGUGCUACCUUCAUUUAUCUGCCAUGUUAUGCUUGUAGUUUUUGACUGAUGACAAUUUACACUGUGAAAUAUAUGUUAUAAAGUGACAUGAUACUGCUGUUAAAUGUUGUACUGAUCGUACAUUAUAUUAUGAUUUAUAAGCACUUUAAAUCAGUCAUGGUACAGAUACUGUCAUCAUAAAAGGUAUAUCAUAUGCUAACAUGUCAGCCCUUAUGUUGUGUCAAACAGCUAGAUAGAAGUAUUUCAUAGUUUUAAACUGCAAAAUCUAUAUAUACAGUACAUAUACUGUUGAAAAAAGCCUGGAUGUAUAUAUAUUCAGGAUUAAAUCUCCUUAUGUCAGUAGAUCUAUAUGGUGGGUCUGUGUCGGCCCGCUUACAGAUUUGUAUAUCCUGAUGUAAUAAAGACUAACUUUAUUGAAAA